AUGAUGACAUCGAGCGCAACAUCCUCCACCGUCGCCGGCGUACCCACGCUGCACUCCUCACCCACACCUACCGCCUCCACCAGCAGUAACCACAACAACAAUGACGAAGAAUUCGACAUCAUCUCCUACUACCACUCUCUGCUCUCCUCGGAUUCGGAGCUUCCUUUUCCCAUCGCGGCGAUCUUUGCGCUUUCGGAGCUGGUAUCCCGAUCUAGGGCUGCGACGACGUCGGAGUUGAUGGAGAACAUUCGGUCUGCAUCGCAACGGCUGAAGCAGUCGUUGGAGAAUCCUGUACCGGCGACUGCGGGGUUGGAUCUGUUUACGCGGUUUGUAGUGACCAAAUCGUGGGAUUCAGGGGACGACUUUGAAGCGCACAAGGCGUCCCUCUCCAGCUUAGCGCACGAGUUCGCUACGCAUACGGUUCCGUCCUGUAGAGAGAAGAUCUGCGAAUUGGUAUUGCCGUUCAUUGCGGACGAUUCGGUCGUUUUGACGCAUUCCUACUCGCGCGUGGUUAUGCAGGUGUUGAAAACCGCUGCUCUGCAACAACGAAAACGCAUUUCGGUGUAUGUAACGGAGUCCCGCCCACAGGGGUUAGGGUUGAAGACCUACGCACAGCUGAUGAAGGUCGGUAUCCCCUGCACAGUCAUCCUCGACAGCGCGGUUGCCUACACCAUGCCGAAAGUCGACCUCGUCCUCACCGGCGCAGAGGGAGUCGUCGAAAGCGGUGGCAUCCUCAACGCUGUCGGCACCAGCGGAAUGGGGAUCAUCGCAAAGAGCUGUGGAAAACCCUUCUUCGCAUUGGCAGAGAGCUUCAAGUUCCUACGAAUGUUCCCACUAAAUCAGUACGAUCUACCGACGAACGGCAAGGGCAGGCUAUUACAGUUCCCGGAUCUAGAUGCGGCGGAUGCGGAGAAGGAGGUAGCGGAGGGAACACCAAAGCUGGGCAGCGGCGAGGAGGAUGAUGGCAGGGCGAGGAGAGUUAUGUCGCGGACUCAGGAGAUGAUGAACCCUGCAGUAAGUAUUCCAGCCCCCGAUGGAUUGCGUGGAAGUAGCGUUCCCAACUGA